AUGCAAAUUGCUGAAAAACGUCAGUUAGAAAAUGUUAACACUUUAUAUACUGCAAUUCAUAAACUCAAACAAAAAAUUCAGGAUUUAGUCAUCAAAGCGGAAACUCAAGGUGACCAAUGUGACUGGCCAAGAUAUCUUAGUACACUAGCGUUAUGUGCAUCCGAACUAAGUGAAAUUCGGAAAAUACUUGAAUCUGAUCGAUUUUCAAAUGAACAUACCCUGGUGCUUACACCAAUGUUGUUAAAUCCGGAACAGGAUACUAAUUUAGCUAAAAUUACAGAAGAACGUCUUUCACUAUUCAAUCAUGAUACUGUACCUCAAUAUCUUCGAACUAAAUUAGAUCCAAAGGUUGAAAGUGAAUGUUCUAGUCAAUCCACACGAGCCGCUGGUAUACCAUCGGAGCAGGUGAACAAAUUAAUCAAUUUGUCAAAUCGUGCGAUUGAUUGCAGUCUAAAGGAGAUCAAUUUAUUAAAACAAGAUUUAGAAGCUGAUUUUUCUGAUCGACAAAAUAAAAUCUCAUCAAAUUUAGAUGACUUAGCUACCCUUGUAAAUAUCAUUUCUCAUAAAAAAGGUCCAAACACUUCUAAUUUAUAA